AUGAUAAUUCAAUUGAAAGGCGCAGAAAUGUUGAUGCGAGCAUCCAUAAUCGUUCGCCGGCAAGCAUUGCUAAAAUUAAACAUGAUUUCGCAGGAAAUUGUUACAUGUAGACAUAUCCAUUUAGUCACUCAGGAAAAAAAGAUUCCUAGAAAUAAUUCUUUAUUGGAUCUGCAUAGAAACUAUAGAAUUACAGGAAUCUCUUUAGUUCGUUAUGCUAGUACAAAUGAAACCAUAGAAAGUGAAACUCUAGCAAGUGAAACUAUAACAAAUGAAACUCCAGCAAUUGAAACUAUAAUAAAUGAAACACCACCGCAAAAUAAUCCAUACGAUGAAAUACCAGAUCCACCAACACCAAUACAAGAAAUAAUAGAAAAUAUUGUGAAAGUACAUCCGAAUGGAGAGCCAACAUUUGAGAGUCUAGGAUUGGGUAGAUGGACUCCUCCAGGGAUUGUACAAAAUUUCUUAGAAUUUAUGCACAUAAAUUUAGAUGUGCCAUGGUGGUUGGCAAUUGUUAUAACUACUAUGUGUGCAAGAACUCUUCUAUUUCCCUUAUGGAUAAAAGCGCAAAAAAAUAUGAUUCGACUUUCAAAUCAUAUGCCAAUGAUACAAGACUUCUAUAUGAGAUCGACAGUAGCCAGGAAUCGUGGCGAUUAUAUAGAAAGUGCACAAAUAACGACAAACAUGAUGAACUACAUAAAAACGAACAAUAUUAGUUUUUUUCAGAACAUUAUGAUGCCAUUAGUACAGGCACCAAUAUUCAUCUCUUUCUUCUUUGGAUUAAAACAAAUGGCAAACUUGCCUGUGGAGAGCUUAAAAGACGGUGGCUUUUUGUGGCUAAAGGAUCUUACAGUAUAUGAUCCUUAUUAUAUAAUGCCGAUACUAACUAGUGUAACAAUGUUUAUCACAAUCGAACUCGGUACGGAUGGCACUAAUAUCCAUGCGAUGGGUGCAAUGCGACAUGUUAUUCGAGUUUUGCCAUUUGUUGCAUUACCAUUUAUGAUGCAUUUCCCUGGUGCAAUUUUGAUAUAUUGGUUAGCAACAAACACUGUCUCUCUGAUACAAACUGGUUUUCUAAAAAUCCCAUAUGUAAAAAAAGCUGUCAAUAUGCCUACCUUCAUAAUACAUUCAAAAAAAGGAUCCACUAAAAGCUUCAAAGAUUUCACUAAUGAAAUAAAACAAUCUUACACAAACGUCAUGAUAACAAAGCAGCUAUCUGAUAGAGAACGAGCAGAUGCAGCACAGUUUAAUAAGGCGGGUAUGGGUCCCAUAGUGAAGACGUUUAAAUUUAAUCCGACGAAGCAAAAGCAAUCGACAACAGUCUUUACAAAAAGUAGAGAAUAAUUUUAUUUAGAAUUAAUAUGUAUUUAGUUACACAAUGUGCAACACAA